AUGGGUGGUGAGAAUGAGCGGCCUCUCUCCAUUUUUUCUCCGUUCCUCAUUGUUCCUUGCUGUCUCCUCUCUCACUGCUACCUCGGCUUCUCUCCUCUGUCCCUCCCCUCACAGAGUGAGCUCAAGGCAAGUCGCAGCCACCGCCGCGUGUUCGACCUGCUCUCCAAAGCAGCAGCACCACCACCAUCGCUAUCAUCAACAGUUACCAGCAGCAGCAGCAGCAGCAGCAGCAGCAGUGACCGGCGCGAGCUGGACUUUGUGUUUUUCCGCUCGCCCGUUGCUGUGCUGACUGGAGGGGAUGGGAAGGGGGAGGUUAACGGAGGUGUUGGGGCGAUUCGACUGGAAAAGAACGUUCUCACUGGGGACUUCAGGGACGGGCCAAGGAGGGCAGUGGGGACAGGAGAGACUAGCGACCUGCCUUGUGGGUGGGUGCUGCCUUGUGGGUGGUGCUGCCUUGUGGGUGGUGCUGCCUUGUGGGUGGUGCUGCCUUGUGGGUGGUGCUGCCUUGUGGGUGGUGCUGCCUUGUGGGUGGUGCUGCCUUGUGGGUGGUGCUGCCUUGUGUGUGGUGCUGCCUUGUGGGUGGUGCUGCCUUGUGGGCUACCGGCCAUUGCCCAUUUAUGGCCUACCAUCCGUACUGCACUCUCCCCUCUACCUCCCCCGACCCUCCCUCUCAGCCUCGUGUUUAAGAGCAUAGGCUACCGCUCCCUGCCCAUUGCCGGCCUGCCUUUCAACCAGCGCAGUGGCACGGUACCUAACGAGUUGGGCCGUGUGCUGCAAGCCAGUGGAACCGAUCCUGCCAGUGAGGCUCGGUAUGAGCCGGGCCUGUAUGUGGUUGGGUGGCUGAAGAGAGGCCCCACAGGAAUCAUCGGCACGAACCUGAUUGACGCUGAGGAAACGCACACCAUGGCAGUCAGGCGUCUCCUGCUUUGCGCCGCGCUGUUCUGCCUCGUAUUAAAUGGUAACGCGGUUCCGGGGAGGCAGCUUCGUCACCGCAGCAAGUAUUCGUGGCGAGACUUCGCCGCUUUGGGGAAAUUUUCUGGAACUCUCGCCGCUCCCAUGAGCGGGAGUCAAGUCAGUGGCGGGAACAAAAAGGACCAUGGAGUUAUUCGAAUGUCGAUUUUCUCGAAAGAUGGCGAUUACAACGUAUACUAUAAUGGCAAAGCCGAUCUCAAGGAUUCAGGUUACCCGACAACCGUUGGUAUUUUUAAGGGGAAAAAGGGCGAGGCCGGGACGCUCGCAUUCGACUUCACGGCUGACGCCACGUGGACGAACGACACGUGGAACCCCGUUUUCCCUGUUUUCCGGCAAUUUGUGAACCACUUCGAUUACAGCUUCGAGGGCAUUUACGAGAAGGCGAGCACCAAGGCCGCGGCAACGGGCACGCUUAAGGAUCUUAUCAAGGCCAUGUUUAACGAUGGCGCUGCUCGUACUACGGCAUGCCAUGCAACACGCCCUGGAGCCGCAGCGACACUCGCGGACAGCCCCCUUGGGGCGCAACGAAGAGCGCUGGCGAGCGUGAGUGGCUGGAUUCAAGACAGAUUUUCCAAGGGAAUUGGAUAUCCGUAUGCUGGGUUAGCGGCAGCCAUGGAUGGUUCGGAGCUGAGCGGCGAUCCGACGACUGCUGGAGUCCUCACUUUCGGCAUCCUCAAUACAACGCUUGUCCCUGUUGUGAACACCACUGCUGUUUAA